GCAGAGCGUGUCAUAAUUCAAAGUCUGGAAUCUCCAAGUACAGCUGCAAGCAAGAGCACGACCACCAAAAACAGACUGGAAAGCCAAGAUAGGAAGAUGGGAGGCCAUGGCAGCUCAAAGAAAGGCACAGAAACAGCAGGACAUUGCAUGGAUAAAACAUCUCAGCAUGCACAGAGCUGGCAGUUUGUUAACCUGAGGAAGAUUCAGAAGGAUCAAAAGCGAAUCAGUCAGAUUGAAAGAGACAAUGAGAGGCUCAUGGAGAACCUUGCUGCCAUCCAACGAGGGCCAGCGAGUGUGGAUUGUUGGAACAUAGACUUUCAGAGAAGGUCACAGAGUAACAAGAAGAACAAAAAAAUAAUGGCCAUUACUGUGGAAAAUCAGGCACUUUUGAAAAGGAUUACAGACUGUAAGCCCACCUACGAUCGAAAGAAGUUUGAAAUAGAAUGGCAGAACAUGAUGAGACAGUUUAGAUAGACUACCACACAAUGCUGCAUCUCCUCCCAGGAGAUUCAGAGCACAAACCAGGCCUGGCCUUGACUUGAUAUUGUCUGAAUUGGAAUCUUGUCCUGGAAACAGACAUCUGUUACGUGUACCUUUUCCUAAGAUUGUCAGAAUAAAGAGAAGAAAGAAGAGAAUA